UUAUUUCAUAACUAUUAAUAACUUUGUGCUGAGCUCCACCAAAAUGGUUUGCAAACUUUUUGCUGUCGUUCUUGCCGUGGUAGUUUGCGCUGGUGUUGCCUUUGGCCAGCCACCAUUACCUCAAAGAUGCUUUGAGUCACCUUCAGCUUGGAGUGGCCACUUUCAUCGGAUUGAUUAUUCUAGUGGGCAUCUUACUCAUGGCUACAUGUUUUACAACAGGACAGAGUUUCGUCUACUAUACAUUCAUGAGCCAACAGUAGACGUCCCACAGUAUGAGAAUCAUUGGCUCUUCUACAACACAAGGAAAUCAUACAGAUACUAUGAUAAGGAUGACACUUGUAGUAUAGAAGACAUUCCAUCAGAUGAGCUCAUUCCAAGGUUUGGAGCUCCAAGUGAAUCUGAGUAUGUCCACCGUGAUCGAUUGGGUGCAUACACAUAUAACCUAGGAGUGACAACUGAUUACUUUAGAAUGAGAACAGAGACUGGUGGCACAUAUCGUGGCUUUUAUGCACCUGAGUUUGAGACUGUUGCUACUGAUUUCAUGUGUGUUCCUGUUAUUGAGAGCUAUGAGAAUAUUGACACAAUUCCAACACAUCAGAGGAACAUGCACUGGACGUACAUGAAUAUUACUACUUUUCCAAUCCCUUCUGCUGUAUGGGACCUACCUGCUGCAUGCAGAGAGAGAGAAUAAAACAUUGAACUGAUUAAGUGCUGUUUAUGCUGUUAUUGCUACUAUUCUUGCUAUACUGCUUAUGAAUAUUAAAAAUUUUCAUAACUAUUAA